AUGCCGGGGGACGCGGGAGCCGGUAAUGCCGGUGCCACGGAACCCGGCAGCCGGGACGGACUUGUUGAUCCUGACGAUGAUUUUCGCAUGGACGGAGGUGGUGGAGAAGGUAUGGAGGACGCCCAAGGAGAGGAAACCGGUCCGAGCCCUGCGGAUGCACCAGGUGGCAGCGCAGAGAGUGAGGGUGUUCCACGGAAGCGUGGUCGUGCAGCAAUCAUUGACAAAGACCCGUGGGGUUAUGACGUCUUUGUUCUGGUCCAUGAAGUCGAUGUUCAUCAACUUGGUGUCAGCUACUGUGACCGUUAUCAAGAGACUCUCCGUGUCACUCGCGAGUUCAACAUCACCAAUAACCUCAUCAUAUUUGGGUUCGCUCAUCAAGAUCCCGCAAACUGGCGUCCCCCACCACCAGGACGUCUCUUUGAGGCAUGCAUCAUCUGUCCAUCAAAGAGGAACGUUCCCAGGAACUACAAGAACAAUCCGAACUCCUGGGCCUUUUUCUUCUCGUUUGCGCAUGAUGGAAACUUCAGCGCACAACAUACGAUACCCCAGCAAGCCGAGAACAACGUGCCUAUCUAUCCCGGCACUGGAGCCUUUGAAGAUCCCAAUGACGUCAAGGAGAAGACACAAAAGACAAUAUCCGACCAGCAGCUGAAGCGUCAGGUGCCCGAGCUAUUCGAGAAAGAUGUGCCUUGCCACAAGCACAAAGCGGCCGCCGUCACUGGCAAGACGCACAACAAGAUUACCGACAUCAAGGGCAUAGGGUCAUGGGUAUGCGCGUGUCAUGGAGAGUUCUGUGCUUUGGGAACAUGCAACUACACAAAGGGUGAAGCCUCGGAACCCACGGACAUUGCUCUUGACAAUACGUUGUGCCUACAUACGGACCUGAGCAUAUCUGAGCGGCUGCAGCUCCUCUACGAUAUCUGGUGCCGUUACGGGAUUCAUCUGAAGGAAUGCUUCGAGCAAAACAAGCAUCUUACCUGGCCGCAGUUCUCGGAAGUCCUGGGUAGUGUGGGUGUAUGGCAUAUUUACGGCCAUGUCUUUGAAUGCGUGGGUUGUUACUCAAUGCUCUACUCCCGACACACCGGUAUUGUUGACGGGGAGAUUCUUGAGACGUUAUGGUCCAUCCUCAACGGCAUACUCGAGUCGUGUCGUGGAAUGUCUCUGGCCAGUCGCAAGGAGGUCAUCAGUAUGUUUCAAUCUGAUAGCAAUCAUAGGAAGAAUCUGAAGAUGGUCGAUACCCUGGUCCGGAAGUUCAAGAAGUACCUCCGCGAACAUCAAGACCGCAAUUUGCUCCUAUCUCAACUCUCUUCCUGCACCACACCCGAGAACAUGGAGCAGUGGGAACGCGAUAGACAGGUGCUUGAGCAGCAGAGAAUUGACAAUCUGUCUUAUGCAGAUCUUGUUUUUGCAAGAGAUCAUAUACAAGUUCCCUCGAGAAAGGACUUAGAAGGCCAGCUUCUUGAGGAAGAAGCUAGCCAUCCAGAAGGACAUGGGCUCACCGAAGCUUUAAUCAACGCUCUGGAUUUACAAGUUGACCAGUUGAAGCUUCAAGCACAAGACAAACAGGCAGUCACACCACCAGACAGACGUACAGUCGCGAUGGCACGUACUCGCAUCCAUAAUCGGGUCAACCGGUCAAACGACGCCAUGGUGGCAGCACUAGGAUCAAAGCCCAGGGAUGGUGAUCUCACUGAGACUACCCUCCAUCACCUCAUGCCAGAGGAUGAAUGGGACGACACACCUCCGAUUCGUGGCGGCACUCGCAACCUCCGCCCAGCUGCAGAGCUGCGGCCUGUUGACAUGCCGUCCACCCGCAAGAAAGGGUGGCGGGAGGCCAGUGCGAACAGUGUUUUGCCUGGUCAGCGGGAACUUUGUAUGAUGGCAUUGAACAUACAAGCACGGUUGCUCAUGGGGCGAAUGGAGGAAGAGCUGGGCCAGAUACGAACUGGGCUUGUGGAUCAGGCCAAUACCUUCCUUCUCCGUAUCCGCUCGCGAAACGGGACUGGCAACGCUCACCUUGGCCACCAUCUUAAGAGCCAGGCGUAUAGUGAGGCGCAGAAGCAGGAUGUUCGCAACCGUUGGAGAAUCGCUGAAGGCACUGGGGGACUCGACAAUGGCGGAUAUGCUGACACGGUAUCAACCUCUUCGUCCAAAGGAUCUUCUGUGCUCAACAGCAACAUACAGUGCGAGUGGCACAAGUCCAGACUUCACGUUGCCCUGGUUUUGGCGAAUGGUCCCUGA